AUGUCUGAGCCAGGUUCCUCCUCUGCUCCGCCCUUGAAGGACCCGAAACUCGGCGCUAUGAGCAAAGCCUUCGCACGAGUCGACCUGGACGGUCACGAUCUGCCACCGUCGCCGACGCCCUCCAGUCCCCGAGGUGGUCGUCAAUACUCGAUUGCAACUCAGCUGGUCUUUUCGGAGGGCAAUGACCAGUUCAAUGCAAGCAGCGUGCCCAUUUACCAGUCCGCUACAUUUAAGCAAUCGUCCGCCACCGGAGGCGCCUCUGACUACGACUACACCCGUAGUGGCAAUCCCACUCGGACCCAUCUUGAGAAACACCUUGCAAAAAUCAUGCGUGCACAGCGAGCCCUUGUUGUAUCCUCCGGAAUGGGUGCUCUCGAUGUGUUAACCCGCCAACUUCGACCUGGAGAUGAAGUCGUGACAGGUGACGACCUGUACGGGGGGACCAAUCGAUUGUUGAAAUACCUGUCCACGCAUGGAGGCAUUAUUGUCCAUCAUGUGGAUACCACCACGCCUGAAAAGGUACAGGAAGUCCUCAACGGGAAGACUGCCAUGGUAUUGCUCGAGACACCUACAAACCCCUUGAUCAAGAUCGUGGACAUUCCCACCAUCGCCAAAAUGGCGCAUGCCGCCAGCCCAUCAUGCAUUGUGAGUGUGGAUAACACCAUGCUCUCUCCGUUAUUACAAAACCCUCUAGAAAUGGGCGCGGAUGUUGUCUAUGAGUCGGGCACGAAAUACCUAUCGGGCCACCAUGAUCUCAUGGCUGGAGUACUGGCUGUCAACGACGAGGCUCUCGGCGACAAGCUGUACUUUACCAUCAAUGCGUCAGGUUGCGGGCUUGCUCCUUUCGACUGCUGGCUAUUGAUGCGCGGCAUCAAAACCUUGAAAGUCCGCAUGGAUGCUCAACAAAAUAACGCCAUGCUGAUCGCCCAGUUUCUUGAAUCUGCUGGUUUCAAAGUGCGUUACCCGGGACUCAAAAGCCACCCACAAUACGACCUGUUUCAAUCCAUGGCUCGGGGCCCUGGUGCGGUCCUGUCUUUUGAGACCGGUGACAUCCAGCUGUCCGAGCGGAUUGUGGAGUCGGCGAAACUGUGGGCUAUUAGUGUCAGCUUUGGCUGCGUCAACUCUCUCAUUAGCAUGCCGUGCCGCAUGAGCCACGCCAGCAUUGACGCCAAAACACGCAAAGAGCGCGGAGUCCCCGAGGACUUGAUCCGUUUGUGCGUAGGCAUCGAGGAUGGCGAAGAUUUGCUGGACGAUUUGCGCAGCGCGCUGGUCCAGGCGGGUGCGAUGAAUGUCACGCUUGACGGGAUCUAUGCAAAGUCCGCGACUGUCGGCAAUGAACAUCCAGAAGAAGGUGAACGUCUGGCGGCCGACGCUGCCGCCAUCAACGAACCAUGA